AUGGAGGGCGAGGACCAGCAGGGCAGCAUCCUCUACAACAUGCUGCUGAGCGCCAAGCAAAAGCAAGCGGCCCGCGAGGCGCCCGAAGCGCAGCCGGGCACCACUUGCUGGGGCUGCGCUUGCGGCAGCGCCGAGCCCCCGGCGGGCACAGAGAGGCUGCGGGGGUGUGUGCGGGCAGCAACGCUCCUGUACCGCUGCUGCUUUUGCGGAGAAAAACACCCGCGCCGGGGCAGCAUCCUCUACAACAUGCUCACCAAAGCCAAGCAAGUGCAAGCCGCGACGGAGAUGCCGGGCGCACGGGGCGAGAGCCCUUGCUGGGGCUGCUACUGCGGCGCUCGCGCGCUGUCCCCGGUGAGUGGCGGGGAUUGGCCGGCCGGCCGGUCCGCGGGGCUGGUGUACCGCUGCUGCUAUUGCGGGGAAGGGCACCCCCGGCAGAGUAGCAUCCUCUACCGCUUGCUCACGAGUUCCCCGCAAACGCACGUGCUUCCCGAAGCGCCCCCGGCGCAGCUGGCGAGCGCGUAUUGGAACCGCUCCUACUGGGCGCACCAGCAGAGAGGCGAAUUCCAGGAGCCCGGCGCGCCCAUCGGGCCCCUCCAGUACCCCUGCUACUUCUGCGGUCAAGAUCACUCCCAGCAGGGCGGCAUCCCCUACCGCUUGCCCCUGGCAGCCCAGGCCGUGCCCAUGGCUCUGGCGGAGCAAGCGGGCAGGUGCUGCUGGGACCCCGCCUGUGGCGCGCCACGCCGGGUGACCCUCCAGAGUCCACAGGUGGUCGGCGAGGCCGCCUCCGCCGGCUUGUUGAAGACCAUCCGCUUCGUCAAGUAUUUGCCCUGCUUCCAAGUGCUGCCUCUGGACCAGCAACUGCUGCUGGUCAGCAGCUGCUGGGCGUCUCUGCUCAUGCUGGAGCUGGCUCAAGACCACCUCAACUUGGAAACCGUGGAGACUUCCGAGUGCAGCCGCCCGCAAAAAAUGCUCACCGCCAGGCGGCGGGAGACCGCCGGAGAAGAGUUGGAGUUCCAGCCCUACGCGAAGCACUUUCCCACGGCGGCCGCCACCGAAGUGCAAACUCUCAAAGGUUUUCUCGCCAAGUGCUGGAGCCUGGAGAUCAAUACCAAGGAGUACGCUUAUCUGAAGGGCAUCGUGCUCUUUAACCCGGACCUGCCUGGCUUGAGAUGCAUGAAAUAUAUCCAGGGACUUCAGUGGGGAACUCAGCAGAUCCUCAAUGAGCAUGUCAAGAUGACGUACGGGGAGCACCAUCCCAGAUUCGCCGAAUUGAACAGCACCCUUUUCCUACUGAGGUUCAUCAGUUCUGAUGUCAUUGCUGAACUGUUCCUCAGGCCUAUCAUUGGUGCAGUCAGCAUGGAUGAUAUGAUACUAGAAAUGCUCUGUGCCACAUUAUGA